AGUGCCGUUACAAAGGCAAAACUCCCGACCGACUACAAGCCACCUGUGACAUCAAGAUCAAACUCAAGGCCAAGACCGAGACCCAGAACAGCUGUCAUCAGUAGGCAAGAAGACGUAGGAGAGGGAGGUCGUUCUUCUCUCAUCUACGCCAUAUAUAACACAGCACGAUGGCAGACUCAGACACAUAUCAGGGCGACCAGGACAUGGUGCAGCGCCGCCCGGCCUCACCUGCCCCAGCUGAUCUGUGGUCCACCCUCAAGAAGGCGCUCUUCAUCAUUGGCUCCACCACCAUCGUCUUCGUGGCCCUGCGUAACAGUCUGACCUAUCACUUGCAGCACUUCUGGGGUGCCUCCGGGGACUUUUGGCAGCACCAGUGGGACAAGAUUCUCAGCACCUUUGGAGACGACCCCUUCACCCUUAUGGUCUAUGGCACCACCAUCGUGUCGUAUGUCAUCUACUGGCUGGUGGGGCUCAUCUACACGGCCAUGGAUGUUACUGGUCGUCCCGCCACGCUGAGGAGGUACAAGAUACAGCCAGGCACCAAUGAGCCGGUCGACAUUGGGAAGCUGGUGAAGUGCAUCUUGUGGGUGAACUUCAACCAGAUCUUCGUGGGCAUCCCGUUCUCCAUGCUGUGCUUCUAUCUUCUGCGGCUGCGUGGAUGGAACGAAUCCUCUCAGCUCCCGACCUUCCACUGGGUCAUCUUCGAGCUCAUCAUCUGCAUCCUCAUGGAAGAGAUUGGAUUCUAUUACUCACACAGACUCUUCCACCACCGCAUGCUCUACAAACACUUCCACAAGAUGCAUCACGAAUGGCAGAGUCCCAUCUCCAUCACAGCCAUCUACGCGCACCCCUUAGAACACGCCCUCUCCAACAUGAUGCCCGCCUUCCUCGGUCCGCUUCUGAUGGGCUCUCACGUGGCAACCAUCUGGCUCUGGGUCUCGCUCGCCCUCCUGUCGACGCUCAAUGCCCACAGUGGUUAUCAUCUGCCCUUCUUCCCGUCCCCUGAGGCUCACGACUUCCAUCAUCUCAAGUUCAACCAAUGCUACGGUGUCCUUGGCGUUUUGGACCUUCUGCACGGCACUGAUGACAAGUUCCGCGCCACCAAGUGCUUCUCACGGCACCUCAUGAUGCUGUCGCUGGUGCCGCCCCGAGAAGCCUACCCCGACCAGCUGACGAAGGGAAAGGUCAUCUGCGGGAAACAGUGCUAUGACCAGCCCUCAGAGGAUGUGCAGUAGAGUGGAGCUAAGUGGAGGAGGAGGGAGUGUUGUAGUUUGAGGUUAGAGGAGAAGGAGAAGGAGAAAUGGAGAGAAGGGAUAGAAAUGGAGACAGAAGGAAAGUAAGGAAGGAGAGUAGGAGGAAGAGCUGGAAAAUUAGGAAGGAAGGAGAGGAUUGUUGUAGUUUGAAUAGGAGGAGAAAUGGAGAGAAGGGAGAGAAAUGGAGACAGAGAAGGAAAGUAAGGAAGGAGAGGAAGAGAUGGGAAAUUAGGAAGAAAGGAGAUGAGGAAGUAAAGAGGAAGAUAAGAAGUUGAGGAAGAGUUAGGAAAUAGAAAGGAAGGAGAGAGAAAAGGGGGAGAAGAGGAAGAUAGGCAACUGAGAAGGAGGAGGAGGAAGAGGUGAAAAAGAAGCGAAGGAGAAAGUGAAGAGAAAUAUAGGGAGUUAAGAAGUAGGAGGAAGAGGAGAAGGGUUCAGAUCUUAUUUAACAAAAGAUUUAUUUAGUUUUGAAAUCCAUCUGCUCAGCAAGAUUUUUAUGAGCUUGAGGCUUUGCUAAAUCUACAUAAUUAGGACUAGAAUGCAAUGAGAGUAGAUGAGAGUAGAAAUAUUGAUAAGGUCUUUCUUUUAGUAGUAGAGGGUAAUGCGAUGAAAUUUUAAUAUAUGAGAAGAUGAGGUGUCAGAACAAAUGUUAGAAAUAAGACUGAAUUGAGAAUGAAGAAGGAAAGACAGACAAAAAAGGUCAGAAUGGCAUAUUUCAAAGACAAAAAAGGUCAGAAUGGCAGAUUUCAAAGACAAAAAAGGUUAGGAUGGCAAAUUAAGGACAGAAAAGGUCAGAAUGGCUUAUCAAGAAGACAAAUUAGGUCAGAAUGGUAUGUUAAGUUUAUGCCAUCGCUGCUACCAGGUUAAGCAAGAGAUGAUCGGUCGAAAGGUGCGAAAAGGGCAUGUUUUUAGGAAGAAGAGCGAGCGUUUUCACUUUGUUACAGUCGCAGUAAAUACUCAAGUGUGUGAGGUGUGUAGGCCUUAUACAUGAGUCGCUAAGUGUAUGAUAAUUGUGUUGUUGUCAUUGUUGCAAGUCUUUCCAACCUUAAGAUAACUACAUCGGAUUGGUUGUCAUUGUUGCAAGUCUUUCCAUCCUUAAGAUAACUACAUUGGAUUUGUUGUCAUUGUUGCAAGUCUUUCCAUCCUUAAGAUAACUACAUUGGAUUUGUUCUCAUUGUUGCAAGUCUUUCCAUUCUUAAGAUAACUACACUGGAUUUGUUGUCAUUUUGCAGGUCUUUCCAACCUUAAGAUAACUACAUCGGAUUUAUAAUAAGUCUUCCCAACACCACCACUACGAUAGGUGCACUCAAAUAACGUAACCUUAGUGAGAAGUGAGAGUUCUAAGAGUCUGUCAAAGCUUAAAAUGCCGAGGACAGUAUUAGUAUAUAGGAGAGUAAGAGAAAAUGGAAAACUAAUGAGUAAUAGGCCGAUAGCGUUGAUAGCUGAAGUAUACAUUGCCGAGGACUGUGUAUGGGUGAAGUAUCCAGGACUGUUAGAAUGUAGGCGUUAGGGAACAUGGAAGAGUAAGCUGUAGUGAUUAAUAAGAGGAGAGUGGCAUAUAAGGUUGAACUGACGAGGACUGUUGAGAGUUUCUGAUUGGAUUGAAAAGUGGCAUUGCCCAUUUGUAUUUUUUUCUUCUUCUUUUCUUCUCCUUCUCUUUCUUCUUCUUCUUUUUGUCCUUCUUUUUCUUCAGCUUCUGUCUUCUCUUUCUUCUUUUUUUUCAUCUUCUUCUUCGCCCUCUUCUACUUCUUCCCCUUCUUCUUCUUCUGUUCCUUCUUCUUCUCCUUCUUGUCCUUCUUUGCUUUCUUGUUCCUCUUCAUCUUCUUCUUCUCUUCUCUGUGGCCUAUUGAGUUUUAUGUAUAUUUUUUGAUAGGUAGUUGGUUUGUAUCUUAAACCUUUCUACACAUAUUCUGUCGUUGCUUUAAAUAUCUCCAGUUCUGUAUCUUGACCCUUUUCUCUCUUUAGUAGCAUUUCCUUUGUGAGCUAUUGAAUUUUCGAUGUAUUUUAAUUUGGUACAGUCGGUUCGUUCGUAGUUUUAAAAGUUGCAUUUAUUCACAUACUCCUAGAACAUGCCAUUGGGGUUAAGUAUGUGGCGAGUUUUAUUAUUAUUAUUAUUUUUUUUUCACUGUAUAAUCUAUCGAACAAACUCUUAAUCCAUAUCAGGUUCGCUUUUAGGUUUAGAAGUCGUGUUUAUGCACCUAUACCUGGAGCAUACUGUAGCGCUUAAGUUUACGAUGUUUUUGUAUUAUCUUUAAUCAAGCAGUUUGUGUUUGUAUAGCAUUGUACAGAUCCAAGGAAGGUGGGUCCGAUUUUAGGUGUGAAUUUCCUUUGCUAUAUAUUUUUACUCCUCUCUUAAAUAACUCGUAACUCAUUUCACAGCGCUAUGAUUCUUUUUCAGCCCGGUUAUUAUAUUCUGUUUUCGUAUAUUCUAAAAUUUAACUCUAAUUUACUCCUCUGGUUACACUCAUUUCCUACUCUGGUUUCGCUCUCAUAAAUAACUCAUAACUCAUUUCACAGCGCUAUGAUUCUUUUUCAGCCCAGUUUAAUUAUUACAUAUGUUCUAUUUUCAUAUAUUCUAAAAUUUAGCUCUUAUUUACUCCUGGUUUCACUCUCAUUUACUCCUCUCGUUUCGCUCUCAUAAAUAACUCGUAACUUAUUUCACAGCGCUAUGAUUCUUUUUCAGCCCCGGUUAUUACUCUAUUUUCAUAUAUUCUAAAAUUUAGCUCCCAUUUACUCCUCUGGCUUUGCUCUCAUAAAUAACUCGUAACUCAUUUCACAGCGCUACGAUACUUUUUCAGCCCGGUUAUUAUAUUCCAUUUUUGUAUAUUCUAAAAUUUAGCUCCCAUUUACUCCUCUGGCUUUGCUCUCACAAAUAACUUGUAACUCAUUUCACACCGCUAUGAUUCUUUUUCAGCCCAUUUAUUUUACUCUGUUUUUGCAUAUUCUAAAAUUUAGCUCCCAUUUAGCAAACCAAGCACUGGACUCAACUCUUCUGCCAUAUUCAAAGCUCUCCCUUACCUAGAAAUGUCGGUUAUUACCAACUCAAAAACCAGACCUCCUUACGUAUCCAUUGUUGCAGAAUAUUGGCAACCCAGCGAAUGGACGAGCAAACCAGAUAAGUAACUAGUUUAUCUUAUUUCACAACGCUAUGAUACUUUUCCAGCCCGGCUAUUAUAUUUUAUUUUUGUAUAUUCUAAUUGUUUCUUGCCUUACUGGACUGUUAUCGAAAGUAAUGUGGUCAGUGUGUGGUAGUGGCUGUCAUGUAUAAGCAAUUUAACCACAUUUCAUGGUUUUAUGAUGCUGCUCAGCCAGGUUGUGUUGUCUAUAGUGUUAUCUCUUGUUUUACUGGACUGUUGCUACUGAGGACGAUGUGGUCAGGGUAAGGUAGCUAGGCGCUCGUAUGCAGUUUUGUCAACAUUGUGAAACGGGAAGGUACAGCGAAAGUAAGGUGACUGCCAACUCUCCCUCCCCUUCCCUGUACUGUACACUUGUUUUACUGGGCUGUUGCUACUGAGGAUGAUGUGGUCAGAGUAAGGUAGUUAGGCACUCGUAUGCAGUUUCGUCAAUAUUGUGAAACGGGAAGGUAAAACGAAAGUAAGGUGACAGCCACAUCCUCCUCCCUCCCCUUCCCUGUACUGUACUCUUGUUUUACUGGGCUGUUGCUAUUCUGGAUGAUGUGGUCAGAGUAAGGUAGCUAGGCACUCGUAUGCAGUUUCGUCAGUAUUGUGAAAUUGGAAGGUACAGCGAAAGUAAGGUGACUGCCACAUCCUCGUCCCUCCCCUUACCUGUACUGUACUCUUGUUUCACUGGGCUGUUGCUAUUCUGGACAAUGUGGUCAGAGUGAGGUAGUUAGGCACUCGUAUGCUGUUCUGACGACAUUGUGAGACGGGAAGGUAAUGUGUACUGCAAGGUGACUGCCACAUCCUCCUCCCUCCCCUUCCCUGUACUGUACUCUUGUUUUACUGGGCUGUUGCUAUUCUGGAUGAUGUGGUCAGAGUGAGGUAGCUAGGUGCUCGUAUGCAGUUUUGUCAAUAUUGUGAAACGGGAAGGUAAAGUGAAAGCAAGGUGACUGCCAACUCUCCCUCCCUCCCCUUCCUUGUACUGUGGAUGGCGUUAAUUGCCGUAUUCUUGAACAUUUCGACCCCCAACCACAUACAUUUGACAAGGCUUUCGUAGGAGUUGUGGGCAUUUCCAUGGGUAGUUUUAGGACGCUGGUGGUAGUCUGACAAAGCUACUGUGCCAUGAAUGUAAAGAAACACCCAUGAGAACCCAACUAACCUUUCUUGGCCUUUGAAAAUAAUUAAUGUGAGGCAGAAAAGAUCUGACCAAAGAAGGAUAUCCAGCAUUAUAGCAUCACUGAAAGACAGUCUUGUGCUCCUUAUAUAUUGGUUAAGUAUUCAUAAAGUAAUUCCAGUUAUACUCUCAAUUUUAGGAGCCGUUGAGAAUAUUUAUGUACAUUGGUCAUCAAAUUUUAAACAUCUGAAAAAAAAUAAGAGAUUGACGCUCAGAAGACUACCUAGCUAUCUGCCUUUACUUCAUGAUUGCCGUGAGCUUCAUAAAGAUUGCUUUUUCACUUUUACAUUGGCUAAGAUUGUUUAUUUAUAUCGGUCAUCAAAUUUAAACCACGUGAAUAAAAUAAGAAAUUGACGCUCAGAAGUCUACCUAGCUAUCUGCCUUUACUUCAU